AUUCUUUUUAUUUAUGUAUAAAACCACUACUAUACAGAUGCCGUAUAUCUCUCCAUCUGAUAAUCGCUGAUUGAUGGAUGCGCAUUAUCAUAUCAUUUAUCCGAUGUACUUGUAUGUAGUACUUGACGUACCUCUCUCUCCUCCUCCCUGCAUCUUUCCCAGCAACGUCAUUCCCCCAUGCCCAUUCUGCGAGUCUUCUUGCUCCAUAAUAAAUUCCCAGAGAAUCCGUCCGAAGAAUAGAGUACCGACAGUGGCAUCGAUGAUCAUCUGCCACGCUGCGCCCAACAAUUCUAUACCCCAUCCCCCCCAUACUUUUCAUCCUGCACCUCGCAGUGCCACAUGUCCGCCGCCUUGGGCAAGUCCUGCCGAGCGGGGCCCGCCAGUGCGCCAAGCAAGCAAGCCCUGGGUUGGCGCGACGUGCAAAUCUUAUCAGAUCAUCUUAGCGGGGUGCGUGUGGUCGGGUCGUGGCAAAUUGCUGGGAACGCUGAGCCCGACGAUGUCGGAGCUGAGGGAGGGAUCAUGAUCAUGGAUGGGAGAAUAUGGAGGAAAAGGGGAAAAGGGGGAAAAGGGGUGAAAGGGGGUGCUGCUGUGAAUAUGGGAUUAAUGAUUCCCCAUCCGCCUGGCCUCGUGGAACGUGCCCCCCGUGAUUAUUGGGGCAAUGAUGGCCGAUGUUUCGUUGAGGAUGACUGA